AUGUAUUCUCAAAAGCCCCGAAAUGACGAGAACAAAGCCCCUACAAAAACCGAUCAUACCGGACAAUAUGAGAAAGAUCUUCAAAAAAAGAUGGAGAAGUACGACAAGGGAGUUCAGGAAGCUAUCGUCAAACAUUUGCCCCCGCCAACACCGCGAGAUUUUGGAAUUCCAGUAGAUUUGAACAAAAGUGGACAAGUUACAAGAGUAAACUUCUCAGUAGACUCGUUGACACCAAUCUUCUCUUUCCUUUCGUAA